GUCACCGCAGCGCACUUUACACCCGCUGUGUGGUCGUCUCUGAGGCGUGUUUGGAAUCAAGGCUCUCUCCCCUAAGUUACUAAUGACAAAAAGUUUUCCGGUGCAUUUUUUUUUUUUACCCCGACGUCACUCGUCAUGCUGGACCAGUCUGGUGGGCCACACCGUGCCCGUGAGAGCGCAGAGAUCCGACCCAAAGCGACUAAAAGCCGGGCGUUGCGGCCAGAAGCCCCGGUGAUGGAGAGGAGCACCAGAAAGAAAGUGAUUGAGAUUGCUGGAUUUACUUUAUCCACUCGGAAACUUCUAGUGGCUUUGGACAUACUUUGCCUCGUCCUUGCUUCCAUCCCGUUCUUUGUAUCUGAGCUGAAGGCAGUGGGUCCUUACAAAAGAGGUUUUAUAUGUGGAGACCUCAGCAUCGCCUACCCCUACAAGCGCUCUGAGACCAUUCCAGAUAAAGUCCUCAUUGCUGCCGGCCUCCUCAUCACGGGCGUCACGAUCGCGUUAGGGGAGUGUUACCGGCUGCGGUACCUAGGUGUCACCUCCAAGGCUUUUGUCAAGAACAAGUAUGUGUCCUGUCUGUACAAGGAGUUGGGCUGCUUCCUGUUCGGCUGCUGCGUUGGCCAAUCCCUGACAAACAUAGCCAAGCUGAGUGUGGGCCGUCUGCGCCCCCACUUCCUGUCGGUGUGUGGGAUCACGUACGAGUCGCUCCAAUGCAAGGAUGGAACAUACAUAGAACCACUCUGUCCCAAAACUGACCGUCGAUUGAUAGAGGAGUCCAGGAAGUCCUUCUUCUCUGGCCACGCUUCAUUUGCCAUGUACACAAUGCUCUAUUUAGCCUUUUAUCUUCAGGCUCGGCUGACAUGGAAAGGGGCCCGCCUGAUAAAGCCUGUGCUGCAGUUCUUCCUGUUUUCGCUGGCCUUCUACACAGGUUUGACCCGCGUCAGUGACAAUAGACACCACCCAUCGGACGUGGUUGUUGGGUACAUACUGGGAGCCCUCACUGCAUACUGGGUGGCCUACUACGUCUCGUCCAUGUUCAAGAAGCUGAGCUGGAGUAAGGAUGCGGUAGAGACCCAAGACAAGACCUUAUCAGCGCAUCACAGCAUCUGCUAAGGCUUCCCUCCACCUGCCAGCCGCCAGGUGUGCUUCAGCAGAAGAUCAGAAGAAAGCGAGCCUACUUCCUGUGACGUUAAACCACAUACCUCAGCCUUUUGGACAGGAGCGCAGCAGAGGAUGUGACAGGAAAAGUACACAGCAAUACUCUAUAGGCUCUGUUGCGGUUGCCAUGACAACAGAUCAGACCCUCCUCACGUUUUCUCAGCAUCAGCACCUAUUGCUCACACAAACUUUGCUGUCGACUAACAGGAUCAGGACAAUAACAUCAUAACACUCAACAUUUCAUCGACUUGAUUUAGAUUCUGGAGUUUUUUUUGAUGCUUUCAACUGUUUUAUAAUUAAAAAUACUUUUUAAAAAUCGAUGAUAUUUCACAACUUGCAAAAACAGGCUUUGAUCAUGUAAUCCUUGAGAUGAGUCGGGUCAUUGGCCAACCACCACGUGUAAAUAUGUGCUUAAAGGCCUACUGAAAUGAGAUUUUCUUAUUCAAACGGGGAUAGCAGGUCCAUUCUAUGUGUCAUACUUGCCAUAUUUUUGCUGAAAGGAUUUAGUAGAGAACAUCCACGAUGAAGUUCGCAACUUUUGGUCGCUGAUAUAAAAUCCCUGCCUGUACCGUAAGUAGCAGACGAUGACAUCACCGGUGUGAGGGCUCCUCACCUCCUCACAUUGUUUAUAAAGUGAGCUUCCAGCAUCAAGAGCUAUUCAGACCGAGAAAGCGACAAUUUCCCCAUUAAUUUGAGCGAGGGUGAAAGAUUCGUGGAUGAUGAUAUUGAUAGCGAAGGACUAGAAAAAAAUUAAAUAAAAUAAAGUUUAAAAAAAAGGCGAUUGCAUUGAGAGCGAUUCAGAUGUUUUUAGACACAUUUACUAGGAUAAUUCUGGGAAAUCCCUUAUCUUUCUAUUGUGUUGCUAGUGUUUUAGUGAGUUAAAUAGUACCUGAUAGUCGGAGGGGUGUCUGCAUGGACGGCGCAAGCUCCGCUGAUCUCCGGUAAGAGGCGACUUUUUACCACAAUUUUCUCACCAAAACCUGUUGGUUGACAUGUUCGCUUGACCGCUCUGGUCCAUAGUAAAGCUUCACCUCCGGGAAUUUUAAACAAGGAAUCACCGUGUGUUUGUGUGGCUAAAGGCUAAAGCUUCCCAACUCCAUCUUUCUACUUUGACUUCUCCAUUAUUAAUUGAACAAAUUGCAAAAGAUUCAGCCACACAGAUGUCCAGAAUAUUGUUUAAUUGCGCGAUGAAAAGAGACGACGCGUCAUCAUUCCGCUACGUUUUCAACUGGAAACUCCGCGGGAAAUUUAAAAUUGCAAUUUAGUAAACUAAAAAGGCCGUAUUGGCAUGUGUUGCGAUGUUAAUAUUUCAUCAUUGAUAUAUAAACUAUCAGACUGCGUGGUCGGUAGUAGUGGGUUUCAGUAGGCCUUUAAAUGUUGAUCUCUAAACUACGUAAUGUAUAAUGUAAGCAGUAUUACCACAAAGUACAUUCUGUAAAAAUAGGUCACAAUAUGUGUUUUUAUCAAAACAAAACAAAAAACUGCAACAGUGAAUAUAAUUAUACUGGGAAGGAUGCUAGCUAAGUCACCUUGUUUUUCUAGUUCAUUAUGUUUGGACACACGCUCAUGUGUAGAUCAUCAAUUUAAUCCGCAUUCUUUUUGUGUUAAAUGUUUUAAGCUAUCCAUGUUACCAAAAUAUUACAAUUCUAGAACCCAUAGAUCAAUAAAGAUUUUUUUUUUUUUUUUAAAUAAGGUUGAUCUCCUUAAUACUUUUUUCAAUGUUAGUUGUAUUUUCUGGGUAGCAUUAUGAAACUGGGUUGUUUUUUGUUUUGUUUUUUUAAUAACGUCCUUGAUACUUUUUUUGAAUAUUACUUGUAUUUUCUGGGCAGCAUGGUAGUGCCUCACAAUAAUGUCCUGGGUUUGAUCCCCGGUGACAAAGUGGGCGCCUACCUCCCAAAGACAUGCACCUGGGGAUAGGUUGAUUGGCAACACUAAAUGGGCCCUAGUGUGUGAAUGUUGUCAGUCUAUCUGUGUUGGCCGUGCGAUGAGGUGGUGACUUGUCCAGGGUGUACACCACCUUACGGGACAAGCGGUAGAAAUGGAUGGAUGCCUAUACUUUUCAUUAUCAGUCUCAUUUUUAGUGAUCUUAUUUUAGCGAAAUCCAUCCAUCCAGAGACUGGCCAGGAUGUAUGAUGGUGGUGGGCUCAGAUCUCAGACUGAAAGUGUGACUGGUGGGAAAAAGAGAGCUCUUGACAGUGGUCGUGUUUUAACGUUCCUGGAACCCAGGGGUAUCCAAAGUUUUUUGGGCAAAAAAAAUAAUAAUAAUUAUCAGUUUGAACAUAAAAUAUG